ACAAAGCUCUGGGUUUUCUCCUUUCUUUUGUUGGUGAUAAACAAUGAAGGGAUGUUUUUGCAGCUUCCUGGUUUUGGCUUGGAUGCUUCUCCCAUGGAUUGUUUUAUCAGCUGUAACUGAGAACGAUACGAGGUGCCUUGAAGGAGUCCAGAGUUCAUUACUCGGCCCAGAUGAUAAAAUAAGCAGUUGGAACUUCGACAACAAUUCCGUUGGUUUUAUAUGCAAUUUUGUUGGGGUUACAUGUUGGAACCAAAGGGAAAACCGGCUGUUAAGCCUUGAACUUCGUGAAAUGAGACUUUCCGGACACUUGCCUCAAUCUUUGGAGUACUGUGGGAGUUUGCAGACUUUGGAUCUGUCAGGCAACAAUCUUUCUGGUAACAUCCCUCCUCAGAUAUGUUCUUGGUUACCUUAUUUAGUGACCCUCGAUUUAUCCAGCAAUGAUCUAUCAGGUCCGAUCCCUUCUGAAUUAUCAAAUUGUGCUUACUUGAACAAUUUGGUACUGUCCAAUAACAGACUCUCAGGGCCUGUUCCAUACCAAUUAUCUGGCCUAGCUAGGCUGAAGAGGUUUUCAGUAGCAAAUAAUCAUCUUACCGGUGCUAUUCCUUCAGGUUUUGAGGGUCAUGAUAGGGCAGAUUUUGCUGGGAAUAGUGGUCUUUGUGGAGGUCCUCUUGGGAGCUGUGGGGGUUUGAGUAGGAGGAAUUUAGCUAUUAUAAUUUCAGCUGGGGUUUUAGGUGCUGCGGUUUCGAUGAUGUUUGGGUUUGGGGUCUGGUGGUGGCACCAUUUGAGAUGGGUGAGUCUGAGGGAAAAUGGUGUUUAUGGAAGGGAUGGUGACAGUGGUUGGGCUGAGAGGUUGAGGGCUCACAAGCUGAACCAAGUUUCGUUGUUUCAGCAGCCGCUUGUGAAAGUUAAGUUGGCUGAUUUAAUGGCCGCCACAAACAAUUUCAGUGCUGAAAGCAUCAUAGUUUCCACUAGGACUGGAACUGCUUACAAAGCGGUGCUUCCUGAUGGAUCAGCCCUUGCGAUCAAGAGGCUCACAAGUUGUAGCAUCAGCGAGAAGCAGUUUCGUAUCGAGAUGAACCGUCUAGGCCAGCUUAAGCAUCCGAAUUUGGCACCCCUUUUGGGAUUUUGCAUUGCAGGGGAUGAAAAGCUCUUAGUCUAUAAGCAUAUGUCCAAUGGGACUCUGUAUUCCUUGCUGCACGGUAGCGUUGCAGCUUUAGAUUGGCCAACUCGGUUUAGGAUUGGUUUGGGCGCAGCCAAGGGUCUUGCUUGGCUACACCACGGUUGCAGGCCUCCUUUUCUGCAGCAGAACAUCAGCUCCAAGGUGAUUCAUCUUGAUGAGGAUUUCGAUGCCAGGAUAAUGGACUUCGGAUUGGCAGAGCUUUUGAGUACCUCAGACAUUAAUGAGACUAGUUUCAUGAAAGAGGGUGUAUGUGAACUCGGUUAUGUUGCUCCUGAGUAUGCAGACACUAUGGUAGCUUCACUUAAAGGGGACGUAUUCGGCUUCGGAGUUGUGCUUCUUGAAUUGGUAACUAGGCAAAAACCCCUGGAAGUUAAUGCAGGUGGUGAAGAAGGAUUCAAAGGGAACUUGGUGGAUUGGAUAAAUCAUCUUUCAAAUUCCGGCAGAACCAAAGACGCUAUCGAUGUCACUCUUCGCGGAGAAGGAGACGACGAAGAAAUAUCGCAGUUCCUCAAUAUAGCAUUAAACUGUGUCAACCCUCGGCCAAAGGAACGAUGGUCCAUGUACCAGGUUUUUGAGUCAUUGAAAAGAAUGGCUGAAGGAAAUGGUUCCUCGGAAGAAUUUGAUGAUUUCCCACUGAUUUUUUUAUGAAUCAAUGUAGCCUUAUAGAGUAAAAUUGGGAGAAAUCUGCAGAACAUGGUAACGCAUACAAGCUUAUACAUAUGUAUUUGUAAUAAAUAGCUUAUAGCUGUAUAAUGCAAAUAAACUUGGUUAAGUUUUA